AUGUCAAUUCCUAGACUUGAAUUAUUAUCUGUACUAAUUGGAGUAAGAGCAACUCAGUUCGUAUUGAAACAAUUAAAUCUUGAAAAUAAUCAAGUUACUUUGUGGACGGAUUCAAAAUGUGUUCUUUACUGGAUCCAGAAUUAUACAAAGCUGCUUCCCAGAUUUAUACAAAAUCGCAUCGAAGAAAUAAGGAAAUCUAACUUCGAAUUAAAAUACAUACCAAGUGAUCAAAAUCCAGCAGAUAUAGCCACCAAAGGAGUAUCACCACUUAAACUCCAAAAUUGUAAACAAUGGUGGAAAGGACCUCGAUGGUUGGAACUCAAGAAAUCUGAAUGGUCAAAGUGUAAACUUCGCUAUUCAGGAAACGAUGAAUUUGCAGAAGCAAUUGCUUUGAAUUUGACAAAGAUAACUCAAACUUUUAAAAGUUUGAUACAGUUGAAUUUAUUGACGAAUGUCGCUUCAGCAGUUGGACAAAACUAG